AUGACCCCUCAGUUAGCGGAAAGGUAUAAUAUAGAGGGACAGAAUUUAGUGCAUUUUGUAUGUAACAAGUGUAGAGGAUGGACAGGAUAUGGAUUUAUUGAAGAGAAAAUGGUUGUUGCUAUUUUCUAUGAUUUACAACUAAAGUUAUUUGGACCAAACAUCCAGCUUCGUCAUUGUGUAAUAGCUCACACAAGUGGUAUAGUCACAGUAACACCAACCAGCAGGGAGUCCGAGACGUAUGUCAAUAACCAGAGAGUUCAUGAAACAACACUACUUCAGCAUGGAAUGACCGUAAAGUUUGGAAAACAGAACGCAUUCAGAUUCUUUGAUCCUUCUUGGGAAGGGAAACAGAGGAAGGGUCAAAUGCCUCAGGAAUUAGCACAAAAACAAGCCACAGCUCCUCCAUUCCCAAACCGGCCUCAGGAGACCAAUUUCGACAUGGAUGGUAGGGUAGAGACAAUGACAGAUGGUUCCCGGCCUAAUCACCCACAGAGGCAGGAGAGUAGGCAAAGUGCUCACAGUAGUCUUCAGGGCAGCAGUAUGCAGGGCAGCAUUCAUGAUGAUGUACCCAGAGGUUCACCACGUGAUAGCCGGCCGGAUGGUACCAAGUUUGAAGAUGCAUUACCAGCUAGUCUAGAGUUUAGAGAUGAUAAGGAGAAUGAUUUCCUUAGCACUGUUAUCUUAGACACAAAUGCAUCGGCGACACAGUUUAAACUUUCUCCAACAUACACGAUGUAUCUAGCAGUCAGGUUCAGACUUUCGAGUGCAUACAGACCUGAACCAUCAGAUCCAUCAGUCCAUCAGAUCGAGCACACAAACUGACGUCUGUGGUGAACA